AUGGUUCUUCAGUAUGAUGAAAAUGUUCGCAACCUGCUGUAUCGGAGAUCAUGCCAAUACACGCAGAGCGGACUUGUGGAUGCCUCUGUCCUCGAAGCUGAUCUCGUCGAGAGGGUGAAGAGCUUCGCGAAGCGUUAUCCGAACAGCAGGACAGCCCAGGCUUGCAAGGCUGUGGAGGGAUGCACCCCCGACGCUAUCGCAGAAGCCAUCCGCUCGACAUGUCAGCAGGCACGACGUGAGCUUCUGCAAGAAGCGAUGACUGGAUGGAGUGACGCAUCCAGAGAGUGGUUUAUGCAGCAGAUUGAAGAAGCCAAGAAGGAGAAGGUCGAGACAUACACCGCCUCAGCAGGCAACGAGGUGACUUCCUUCAUCUCCAUGACUCUCCUGGGCAUCUCCUCGGUGUAUGUCAACCAUGAAGAGAAGCUGAAGAAGAAAUUUGAAGAGAUCGGACUGAUCACCCGAGAUAGCGAGUGCUGA